CUUGCAAAGCAUGGCUACCAUCACAGCUCCGCUAGUGCCCAUCCCUCCCCGAAUAUAAACAACCCAAAGCUCCUAGCGACCCUCAGCGCGCAAACUGGAGCACGUCUCUACGGCUCUACAAAUUGCAGUGCUCAUGUAAGGAGCCGUUGGUCGUAUGACCGCACGACAGCUGUAUCACCAAAGCAUGCAAGGACUUUCCACCUUCGUAUGCGCUCGCAACGACGGCGUUGCGCCAGUGACGCUCAACCCACUUGCCAAAGCGCCGCCUGCAUUCUACCUUGUCCUGUACCUCUCCUAUCUCACCGUAUCCCCUUCAACGAGCCGACACUGGAUCUCAGCUGCUUGUUUAGUCUAGGAAUCGGCGCUGGCGGGCGUGAGAAGCAUGAAGAUGUGGUGGGCUUGAUUGGGUCUUUCCUUCGAUCAGCGGAGGAGACAACGGCGGGUUCCGGCGCUUGAGGGUGACGUGAUGGUAUGCCCUUGCGUUACAGAGUACAUAUUGCUAUGCGUCGGACCGCGUCUUAAAGUUGCAUAAGGGCUGUGUCAAAAGCCGCUCGCGGUUCCAAUGCCGACAAAUGUUCGCUGACGAAACAAGCGCCAAGCCUUUUGAGUGGGAAGCACUGUUCUCAAUCCCAGGUCGGAUUUAAUGAUAAUCCGAGGGCUUGUGCAAUCUGCACAGCCACAGAUCUUACAAUAAAAUACCUGCUAAUGCAUUCUCGCAUUAGCCC